AUGACGGUAUUACAGAGCUUCGUCGUCGCCCUCGCCGCGGUCGCACAGACGGCCGUCGCCGCCACAGCCUGCCCCGGCCCAGCGCCGGCCUCGAACCCCCAGACGGCCGACGGCGUUGCCUUUAAAGUCUUGCAGAAUGGCCUCGCCCGCCCGCGCGGCGUCGUCAUGGACUCGGCGGGCAACCUCCUCGUCGUCGAAGCCAAGGGCAAGGGCGUGACGCGCGUGGUCCUCGACGACGCCGACGGCCUCGACGUCUGCGUCUCGUCCAGCGCGCAGCUGAUUGACGAUGGCACUCUCAACCACGGCAUCGCCCUCUCAGGCGACGGCAAGACGCUGUUCGUCUCGUCGGCCGAGAGCGUGUACGCGUACCCGUACGACGCCGAAAAGGGCAGCGUCGGGGACGCCAAGCACCUCAUCAACGGCAUGAAGCAGACCGACCACGUCUCGCGCACGCUGCUGGUGCCCCGCCACAACUCGGACCUGCUGCUCGUGUCGCGCGGCUCCAACGACAACAUUGACAAGGAGACGGCCGACAUCAAGUCUGGGCGCAGCCAGCUCCGCACCUUUAAAAUUGCAGAUCUCGUCAAGGACGGCGCCGAGACGGUCGACUACACGGCGGGCGAGGUGCUGGGAUGGGGCCUGCGCAACAGCGUUGGCGUGGCGGACGACCCCACAAACGGCCACAUUUGGACGGUCGAAAAUUCCAUCGACAACAUGAAGCGCGAGGGCGACGACAUUCACAACUCCAACCCCGGUGAGGAGAUGAACUUUCACGGCCUGCCCAACGACACCUCGAGCGACCAGUACGGCCGCAACUACGGCUACCCCGGCUGCGUCGCCAUCUACGACCCCAGCAACGUCAAGGACUUUUCCGUCCAGGGCGGCCCCAAGGUCGGCCUGCAGAUGACGGGCGACCACAUCACCGGCUACACCGACGACUGGUGCCGCGACAACGCGACCGCGCCGCGCAUCACCUUUAGCUCCCACCUCGCGCCUCUCGACCUCAAGUUUCUCAACGACGGCAGCGCUGCACUGAUUGCCAUUCACGGAAGCUGGAACCGCCAGCCCCCCAACGGCUACAGGCUCAGCCGCGUGAGCUUCGCCGACGGCCAGCCCGUCGCCGGCGCCGACAGCGCCGACGCCGAGGAGAUGCUCCUCUGGAACGCCGACAACGCCGACUGCCCCGGCAGCUGCUUCCGCCCCGCCGGCCUCUGGCUCGACGGCAAGGGCCGCACGUUCAUGACGAGCGACAGCUCCGGCGAGCUGUUUGUCGUCACCGGCGCCGCGACCAGCAACGGGCCCAAGGGCAAGGUCAAUGGCGGCGGUGGUGGUGAAGACAAGACGUCGGGAGCGGAGCGCCGCCUGCGCACGCAGUUUGAGGGCCUGCUGUGGUGA